GGCUUCACAAAGCUGGAGCCAUUUCCUUUCUUGGAGACUCGAUGCCAGAGCCCCUGCCUGGCACCUAGGCAACCCUGACCCUUCCCCUUCCCUGCUCUGACCCCUUCCUCAACUGCCAUAAAGGGGAGGAUGGCCCGCAGUGCCCCGAAUCACGGGCCUGAAUGCUUCCACUCUCCUCCACAGUGGUGGCCACUUGGACUUCCUGGAAGUGGCCUGUGGGUUGAGUUUUCACUCAGUCUCUCUUUUCUGCAGCUCCAAGUUUGCCGCUUCCACCUGCACCUGCUUCAGCGCAAGAGGAGCCCCUGGCUGGUCUCUCCGCCCUGCCGGUCGUGCACUGAGGCUCGGUCAGCCAGGUACUCUACUGGACAGAGGGGGCUGCUGAAGAGGACCUUUCUGGGAACAGCAGUGGGGCUCCCUUUAGUGACGGGCAUCUACUAUGGCUUGGCCGAGAAGCAGGAACAGCGGAAGAUGCGGUUACUGGCUGGUGGCGUGCUGCGCUUUGUCAGGUCCCUGCGGCUGGGAGUCCAGAUCUCCUUGGAUUACUGGUGGACAAACCACGUCACGUUGAGAGGCCUGGACGAGAACAGCCCGGAGUAUGCAGCGGCCGUGUCGCGGUGUCACCAGCGCUCCGCCGAGAGCAUCGUCUUCGGGGCCACCCAGAACGGGGGCCUCUACAUCAAGCUGGGCCAAGGCCUGUGUGCUCUCAACCACCUCCUCCCCCAGGAGUACAUCGACACGCUGCGCAUCUUAGAGGACCAGGCGCUCCGGCGGGGCUACACGGAGGUGGACGACCUCUUCCUGGAGGACUUCAAUGCCAAGGCGAACCAGCUGUUUCUGGAGUUUGACUACCAGCCCAUCGCUGCCGCCAGUUUGGCCCAGGUGCACCGGGCUCGUCUCCACGAUGGCACCCCGGUGGCCGUGAAGGUGCAGUACAUCGACUUGAGGGACCGGUUUGACGGCGACAUCCGCACCCUGGAGUUUUUGCUGUGGAUCGUGGAGCAGAUGCACCCCACUUUUGGCUUCAGCUGGAUCUUGAAGGAUCUGAAGGGGACGCUGGCCCAGGAGCUGGACUUUGAGGUGGAAGCCCGCAACGGGGAGCGUUGCGCCCAGGACCUGAGCCACUUCCACUUCGUGGUGAUCCCGCACGUCUACCGGGAGAAGAGCAGCAAGCGGGUCCUGACUGCGGAUUUCUACGAAGCCUGCAAAAUCAACGACCUGGAGGGGCUCCUCAGGCAGGGCUUAAGCCCCAAGGAUGCAGCAGAGAAGCUAAUCCAGACGUUUGCCGAGCAGAUCUUCCUCACCGGAUUCAUCCAUGCAGACCCUCACCCAGGGAACGUGUUGGUGCAGAAGGGUCCAGAUGGCAAAGCUCAGCUGAUUCUCCUGGAUCACGGCCUGUAUGAGAUCCUUCAUGAGAAGGAACGAGAAGCUUUGUGUAAGCUCUGGCGUGCCAUCAUCCUGCGUGACGACACCUCCAUGCAGCUGUACUCCAACCAGCUGGGCGUGAAAGACCAGGACUACUUCCUGUUCUGCGAGAUCCUGCUGCAACGGCCCAUCAACAUGGCCCAGCUGGCCCUGGCCAACGUGCUGACCCAGGAGGAGACCGCCUACAUGCGAGACAUGGCCAAGAACCGCUUUGACCACAUCAUGCAAGUGCUCAGGGACAUGCCCCGGUCCAUGCUGCUCGUCUUCCGGAACAUCAACACCGUGCGGGGCAUCAAUGUGGCACUGGGGGCCCCUGUGGACCGCUACUACAUCAUGGCCAAGAGUGCGGUGAAAUGCUGGAGCCACACGGUCAGCCAGAAGUCCGGGGCCCUGGCUAACUUCUUCCUCAUCCGCUGGAUCCGUGCUGUUUGGGAUGGCUUUGUGUUUGAGCUUACUCUCAGGAUCCAGAUCACCUCCAUGAAGCUAACAAGCUCCUUGUUGCAAUUCCUGGUUUAUGUUGGUUUCUUGAAAUACAGUGAAGAGCAAGAACAAAUCUACGAGUUCCUGCAGGCAUGAGCUGAAGGCCCUGGAAGAUGCCCAAGUGCCCAGCUGGGCGAGUGCAGGGUGGCAGUUGUGCCCACAAACUCUGUCCUCUUUUAUAGAAACCAGAGCGUGGCCCACGGAUUUUAAAACUGGACUUUCAAGAAAGUCCCGUAGUCUUUCCGUAACACAGUCUGUCUGAUUAUUUUUUAAUUAGUUCAGAAACUUUAAUAAGGGGCAACUCAUUACGUUUAACUUAAAAUGAACUCUACCAGCAAGAAAUGGUGUUGCCAUUUAAGUAGUUUGUUGCCUCUCUUUCUUUCCUCCUUACUUGAAUUAAUGGAGAAGGGCUGCUUGUCCAUCCCCGACACCCAGUCUUCUGCAUUUAAGGGAUUUGCAGGGAGGUGGUGGUUGGGCCAGGCGCGGACCCUUUGGGGCCCUUGGAAGGGCCACGCACUGGCUUUGCUCGAGGGAUGGCGGACACGGAAGAAGGCGUCCAAGGGGGUCCUUCUGGCGAUCAAAGCAGAGAGGCGGUCCUGGGGGAGAAACUGCGUUGCCCCUGCAGCCACAUCUCAGGGUGAUGCUGGAUCAGCCUCUGCCCCCCACCAGGCUACUGAGCCCCACGGGCCCUGGAACUUCUGCCUUUGCAACUGGAUUAAAAAGCUUAAAGCUC